AUGGAUCUGGCAGAUGAGGAAGAAGAUAGGGACUCGCCGUCUGCAUUCCUUCUACCAGAUCCAACUGCAAACCCCACGAGUGCAGCUGCUGCUCUGCCUCGGCGGAAGCGGGGCCAACACUGUGAGCGACCAAAAAGAAGACUUGAGGUUGCUGGCACUGGGGGAGGGCCACCACCAGCCAGCUUCACUCCUGCAGAGGACCUGGCUUUGGAAAUUAAUAAAGGGAGGCCCGUCCUUGAGGGAAUAGAGGGGGGGACAUCAUCUAAAAUGAUAUCACGUAGUAUAAGGAGUGAGUAUAUAAAAGAUUCUGUAUGCUUUAUGCAUCCACCAGACAUCAUGUUGCCUGGAGAAGGCCCAUCAGUUGAGGAGGAUGAGGAGACUGUGUCUGUAUGUUCAAGGAGGCCUGAGGAUGCUGACACUGUUCUAGAGCCCUCUCAGUCUGGGACCACAUGUGACAAAAACCCAGAAAACAUAAAAGGAGUGUAUAAACGCUACCUCCUUAAACAAAUGGAAGCGAUUGAUAUCGACAUCCAGUAUAAAAAACUGAAGAUGAGGAAGUUGGAGCUGGAAAUUCAACAGCUACAGAAAAAUGCAAAUUCACUCUGAAUAAAGACAAAUCACAUUAAA